CAAAGCUUCUCUCAACCUCAUGUCCGUCGAUGGCCGCCGUCGCUACUCAUGAAUUCCUCACUAGGCUGGAGGCUCUCUAUCCUAUGCAGGCCAGGGGUUUCGUUAGUCCAUGGUCUCUCGUAGCAGCUACAACGUUUAGCGCCAGCAAUCUCCCAGAGGCUGUCCCAGAGGUGUUCAAAUAUGCUCUUAAAGGGGUAAACACGCAUGAUGAGAGGCAGUUACUGGUUAGGAAGUUGAAGGACGCGUUAUUCAAGUCGGGGCUGUUGUCUGGAUAUCCUAAGGCUAUCAAUGCUCUUUCUCAGCUCCAUCCUGUCACUCCUACUGAAUUGCGCGACACGAAGCCCCUUCGUGAUCUAUCUUUGCCAAUCAAAACCUGGACUAAAAUUGGACAAGAAUAUUUUGAUCGCACAUAUGGAGACACGGCAGCAACGGUACAGCCUUUUCUCAAGGAGUUGUAUCCGGAUUUCGAGUUCUUUUCGACGACCUUUGGGUAUGGUUAUACCUACGGCUACUUUGGUGCGCUCUCCGCUGCGGAGACUUCAUUCACUAUGGUGGCUGCUCUUAUAGCGAAUGAUACCCCACGCCAGGUUGACUGGCACCUCAAGGGGUCGCUGAGGAAUGGCGCGACCUUGGACGAAGUCAGAGCAGUGCGUCAGAUUGCCCUCGAUGUCGCCCGAGCCUCUGGUGUGCAGUGGAAAAACGAGAUCCCCGAUAUCGAAGCGUAGUUCGGACAGUGUACAUUACGAGAUGUCGUUGCCUACAGGACAUGAGGUAUAUAUGACGAUUCUCCGACUCAGAAGAUCCUGGCCCCAUCACUCGAAACGACGUCAACUCCAUCUCCGCAGAUGGCAGUGCGUUUAGGUCAUUCCUAGUCCGCUUACAUAGUUCAAGGAGAUAGUUCAAGUAUCUUUGAGAAUUAAGCCUAUGAUUGAUUCCGG